GUCGGGGCGGGAGUCCCGAGGGACGGUGGCCAUGGUGGGAUUGGGGGGACCGUAGGGGGACAGGGCGGCGGGGGACACCGGGCAGGGCGGGGGGCUCGAGGGGUGUUGGCCACGGGGCUCCGGGCUCGCCAUGGCCCUGCCCCGCACGCUGGGGGAGCUGCAGCUCUACCGGGUGCUGCAACGUGCCAACCUGCUGGGCUACUACGAGACCUUCAUCCAGCAAGGGGGGGACGACGUGCAGCAGCUCUGCGAGGCGGGCGAGGAGGAGUUCCUGGAGAUCAUGGCGCUGGUGGGCAUGGCCACCAAGCCCCUCCACGUCCGCCGCCUCCAGAAGGCCCUGCGCGAGUGGGCCUCCAACCCGGGGCUCUUCAGCCAGCCCGUCUCGGCUGUCCCGGUCAGCAGCAUCCCACUCUUCAAGCUCUCUGAGGCCGGCGGGCGCAAGGCGCUCAGCAACGGGCACGCCAGCCCCGGCGAGGCAGCGGGCAAGGGGGGUGGCAGCGCCGGGACGCCACCAGCCCGCAGCCCCACGGAGCCAGGGGAGAAGCUGUCGCCGUCAGCGGCUCCACCGUGGCCGGGAAGGAGCACCCCCGAGUCGGAGGGUGGAGGGGAUGAGGAGCCGGGGGGUCCCCCAUUCUCCCCGGGCGGGAGCAGCGGGGAGCAGGCGGUGGGCACGGAGCUGGAGCCGGAGUUGGCACGGACGGUGGUGGAGAGCGUGGAGCGGCUGCUGCAGAGCUGCCCCCGGGGCGGCGAGGCCGAGCUGAGGGCGCUGAUGAAGCUCAACAAGAAGCUGGCCAAGGCUGUGGGGCACAUCUUCCAGCUGGAGGACGGUGACCGGCAGAAGGAGGAGGAGAUCCGCCGGCACAGCGCGAUCUACGGCCGCGGCGAGGCCCGGCGCCGCGAGGGCAAGCAGCUCACCCUGCACGAGCUCAUCAUCAAUGAGGCGGCCGCCCAGUUCUGCCUGCGGGACAACUCGCUGCUGCUGCGGCGCGUCGAGCUCUUCUCGCUGUCACGACAGGUGGCACGGGAGAGCACCUACCUGUCCUCGCUCAAGGUCGCCAGGGCCCAUCCCGAGGACAGCGGUGCCGUCGUGGCCAAGCGGCUCAAGGAGGAGGCGGGAGAGCAGAGCCGCCCUGAGCUCCUGGCGCUGCCCGUGGGGCUGGAGCCCCCCGGGGCCGGGUACCGAGCCAGCUUGGAGGAGGACACGGGCAGCCUCUCCGGGGAGAGCCUCGACGGCCACUUGCAGGCGGCGGGGGCCUGUCCCCGGCUGACCCCUCCGCCCGGUGCGGCCCCGGACGUGCCCCUCGGCCUGGCGCCCCACGGGCUCUGGAGCCGCCACAUCCUCCAGCAGACGCUGAUGGACGAGGGGCUGCGCCUGGCCCGGCUGGUGUCGCACGAGCGCGUGGGGCGGCUCAGCCCCUGCCUGCCGGGGAAGCCCCCGGGACCAGAGUUCGAGGAUGGGCUGGCGGAACGGGGUCCUCCGGCCCCCCCAGACCCCCCUCGGGGUACAAUCAAGGUGGAGCAGGAGACCAGCAGGCAGUGAGGCGCCUGUAGCCCCCCCGCCACCAUUAACGAAGCAAUAACGUGCUGGGGGACGGGUGCGGCGGCGCUCCGGGCCCGGGGAGCUUGGGGAGGGGUGGGGGGGUCUCAACCACAGCCCCCCCCGGCCCCCUCCCGUCCCACACCGACGCUCUGGUUUACCUCAGCCGCGGCGGGAUGCGACUCCCCGCAGCAGCAAUACCCUCAUCCCGCCCGGCUCCGCUCCCCCGCCGCCCCCCAGGGCUGGGGAGCCCUCGAUGGACUGGAGCCCCCCCCCCACCCACCAAGUGCUGACCGU